AUUUUUGAACACUUCUGUUUUGCUUUUUCUGUGGUUCUUACACUGUUUUCAUUCAACAUGUCUGGACGUGGAAAACAAGGAGGCAAAGCCCGCGCUAAGGCUAAGACGCGGUCCUCGAGAGCUGGACUCCAGUUUCCAGUGGGUAGAGUUCAUCGUCUACUCCGUAAGGGGAACUAUUCUGAGCGGGUCGGGGCCGGCGCGCCGGUGUACCUGGCGGCGGUGCUGGAGUACCUGACGGCGGAGAUCCUGGAGCUGGCGGGCAACGCGGCCCGCGACAACAAGAAGACGCGCAUCAUCCCGCGCCACCUACAGCUGGCCAUCCGCAACGACGAGGAGCUCAACAAGCUGCUGGGGCGCGUGACCAUCGCGCAGGGUGGUGUGCUGCCCAACAUCCAGGCCGUGCUGCUGCCCAAGAAGACCGAGAGCCACCACAAGGCUAAGGGCAAGUGAAGCUCUUAAGCAGCCCUCCAGUUCACGAAAUCAAAGGCUCUUUUCAGAGCCACCCACUUAUUAUGGAAAGCGCUGCAAUACUUAUGUCAGGGAUACAUUUUUAGAUUUCAAGAAGUUUCAUUUGCCUGUUAGUCAUACUAUCCUGUCCAUAAGAUUUUUUUUGUUUAAUAAUGGACACUUGGUGCUCCCAUCCUUGCCGCAAAGAAGUCGCUUCACUUUCUAAGCUGUUGUUCACAUACGCACCGUAAAAUGUUUGAAAACCUUCUGAAACGAUUUCGGGCGUCCUCAAGAAAACAAUACAUUUAUAGACCCACAAAAAAUCUGUUGGAGUUGCAAUUCUGUGUCAGGUCAUAACUUAAGGCUGUAGGCUAUGUAAAUGACAGAAUGGUAGGAAUCGAGACCAUAAUGUCAAUUUGGUGACAGGUUGUCUUGUGUAUAUGUCCACUGUGUAUAUACAUAUAUAUAUAGUUAUAUAUGCACUAUAUUGAAACAAAUUUACUGUAAGUCUAAAAUAGGAAUGAAAGAACAGAAGAGGGAGAGAUGACCAAUGACAUGGGAGGGCGGGCUUUUUAAAUUUCACGGACGAUGGCGUUCUUAGAAUUUUUUAGCCCGUUGGUUAUUUCUCUUUUCAGAAAAAAACAGUGAAGUGCACUAAAAUCGACACUAUACGCUUUGAAAGCAGCCUGAGAACCAAUUAGAUCACAGCGUGGAAUCUACCAACCCGACUGAUCUGCUCCUAUGAAUAAGGUCAGAACC